AUGGUGGUGCAGGACAGCUUGGAUGCCACAUCGGACAGCCAGAUGGGCGUGCCCCUGGAACCCUUCCUGCACCAGGUCGGGGGCCACCUGAGCAUCAUGACCUACGACGAGCAUACCGUGUGCAAGCCCCUCAUCUCCCGCGAGCACAGGUUCUACGAGUCCCUGCCCACAGCCAUGAAGCACUUCACCCCACAGUAUAAAGGGACCAUGUCUGUGCACCUCCGCAGAGACAGCAGGGGCCAUCUCAGCCUGGUUGCCCACCCACUGCAGGAGAGCCAGCAGCCCUUCCAGGCACCCCCAGAGUCAGCGGCCACAGCAGCGCGGCGUGGGUACCAGAAGACCGGUGGCAGUGCCUGGCCCCUGGCCCAGCAGCCAUACUCGCCCGCCAAGAGCCUGGCCAGGUUCCACCGGCAUACCCAGACGUCCUUGCUGGCAGAAGAUGCGAAUAGGAACCAUGUGGAGAGGAGGAGCUGUAACCCAUGGGGCCUGCACUGCCACCAGGCCUACCUGACCCGCCUGUGCUCCGAGUACCCCGAGAAAAAAUGGCACCGGUUCCUGCUGCUGGAGAACCUGGUGUCCCGGCACACGCACCCUUGCAUCUUGGACCUUAAGAUGGGCACGCGGCAGCAUGGGGACGACGCCUCCGAGGAGAAGAAGGCCCGGCACACCGAGAAGUGUGCGCAGAGCACCUCGGCACGCCUGGGUGUGCGUGUCUGCGGCAUGCAGGUAUACCAGACUGCUGGCAAGUACUAUCUCUGCAAAGACAAGUAUGACGGCCGGAAGCUCUCGGUGGAGGGGUUCAGACAGACCCUCCACCAGUUCCUGCACGACGGAACCCGCCUGCGCACAGAGCUCCUGGGGCCCAUGCUGAGCCAGCUCCAGGCCCUCCUGGCCGUCAUCAGGAGCCAGACUUCAUACCGCUUCUACUCCAGCUCUCUUCUCCUCAUCUACGAUGGGCAGCAGUUGCCAGAGAGGACCUCAGGUGGCUGGCCUGCUCUGGAAGCUUCUCAAGAAACCCAGGCCAGCUGUCCUGGAGGGUUCCCCAAGGUGGACAUCCGGAUGAUCGACUUUGCUCACACAACAUAUGAAGGCUCCCGGGACGGGCAUACCACUUACGACGGACCAGAUCCUGGCUAUAUUUUUGGCCUGGAAAAUCUCAUUGGGAUGCUACAGGACAUCCGAGAGGGAGUCUGA